UGGCAGAGAAUUCCCACAGAUUCACAACUCUCUGGGUGAAAAGAUCUGUAUCUGUAUGUGGCUUCAUAGAGUCAACAUCAACAGACGAGGAGGAAACACAAGUUUAACAAAAAAAGCCUAUGACCUGUGAGAUACAUUUAUUUAUUUUUUUAAACUCGGAGCACAAGAAACAGGUAAAACCAGUUUCCAGCUUUGACUUAGUGAGCAAAUGUUCUCAUUUUUUAAACUCUGUUCCGAUCCUUGCCCUCAUCUGGAAUACAUCAGUUCCACGUCCGCUAAUACUCAUUCGUGAUAGAAAACCAGGCGACUGUUUUGUGGGCGGUUGCCAUGGCAACGAGGCAGGGCCCGGCCGGCCGAGCGGGCGGACAGCGUGCGUCAUGACGCACAAUCUCCGCCCUCCACCCGGCGCGGUGACGUCACCCAAUCAGUGCCCGCCGCGGAGAGUGAAGGCGAUACUGCAAUAAAACAAAAAAACAAACCAAAAACCCCAUCUAAUCUCGCCCAAACGCUUCACAAACCCCCCGAAGGAAACGCAAUCCAUAUACUCGGUCUCAUUGUCGAUGCUGCCUCCCUGCUGUCAUGAGUUGGGCGUUGGAAGAAUGGAAAUCGGAAUUAUCCAGCCGGGCCGUGCAGAAAAUAGCAGAGUACGAGAGCCAUGUGGAGAAGCUAAAGAAGGAACGGCAGCAGAAGCAGAUUCAGUUGGAUAGUUUAGAGGUUGCGUUCCAAAAACAAAAUCAAAAGCUCGAAGGUGAGAGGAACGAAAACUCGUCCUUGAAGAGAGAGGCGCAGAACCUGACAGAGGCCUGCGGGAAGCUAGAGAAGGCGCAGCGGAGGCUCAGCCACGAGAUUCAGGUGAAGGAGGCCCUGGUGUGCAGCCUGGAGGGCCAGCUGCUGGCAGCUAGGAACCAGAACGACAAACAGGAGCAAGAGAUCAAAAGGCUGGUGGCCGAGCUUGAACGAAGUCAAAGGGCCUCGACAACAACAUCAGAAUAUCAUCUCCUCCCUUCCUCGACUAAGAGUCACCCGGAGCUCAGCAGGGCACGCCAGGAUUCGAAACGGGAUGAACUGCAAGAGAAACACAGUCGGGAGGUAGAGGAGAGGAACCAGCUGGUUUCUGAAGUGAAGGCACUGAAGAUACAGGUUCAACAGUUGCAAUAUAGCAGCAACAAGAGCCACAGAGAAAAUGGGCCGCAGCAGAUUAGGGCCUCCACAUUCAGCUGGCAACAGGACAAAGCUUCCCCUCACUUGCCUGAAAGUCCCGCCAGGUCCCCUUCCUCCGUGUUUCCAUGGGAACAACCCAAGACGGCGCCCAACCACCAUCCCAGAAGCCCGCAGCCGAGCAACAACAAAACAAGCCACCUCUCAUCGGAUUCCAAGAACGACCAUCUUGCGGAGUCAGCCAGCGAGCAAAUGCAGGAGUUGAGAAAAGAAAAUCAAGUGUUGCAGUGCACCAUGUCCGAACUGGAAGUCUGGGUUCAGUCCCAGGAGAAGGAGAUCAAAAACCACCUGAACAAGUUGGAAGAAGCACAGUUGUUGCUGGAGAAAUCCAGGGGCGAGCUGGCGGUGAAGGAACAAGCUCUGAGCAAGGGCAAGGAUAGCCUGGAGAGGGCGGCAGUCCAGCAGGAGCAGACCAGAAACAAGUGUGUGGCUCUGGAGCAGAAGUUGAAGCAGGUUUCCGAGGAGCUGAACUGUCAGCGGCAGAACGCAGAGAGUGUUCGAUGCGGGAUGGAGCGAAGAGCAAAGAGCACGGAGAAAGAAUAUCAGCAGGAGCUGGCCGACCAGCAACGCACAUUUUGCAGCCUUGAACAUCAACACAAACAAGAGAGAAACCAAACGAGUCAGGAGAUUCAGCAGCUCAAGACCGAGCACCUGUCGUUACAGGCUAAAAUCAAUAAAAUGGAAGCAGGAAAACAGGUGGUGGAUCGAGAGCUGGAGGAAGUCAAAGGAAAACUUCACUGGGCCGAGAAGGAGCUUGCGGUUCACCAGAAGAAUGGGAACGAUCUUCAGGAAAACCUUCAGGCACGUCGGCAGAGAUAGAACUAUAUUGUAGCAAAGGUAGACACAAGAUGCUGGAGUAACUCAGCGGGACAGGCAGCGUCUCUGGAGAGAAGGAAUGGGUGACGUUUCGGGUCUCGACCCCAUUCCUUCUCUCCAGAGAUGCCGCUUUUCC